GCAAAGUUUCGGCUCUUCUAAAUUACUCUGUCCCGUAUAUUUUGUUUACGAUAAGUACUGUAUCUGUAUGUUAUUUUGGUAGAACUUGGUGAAAUGUGAUAUAGAUUGUUAUGAUACGUAAUAAGAGAUUUGUAAUUUCAAUCGAUUCGAAUCACCGUCUUAUUAUCGAUAGUUUCUACACUGUCAGUGAUUAUAUUUGUUGACGUUUGAAAAAUGAUAAAGCAUAAGUUGCCGAAAAAUUGGAUUGUCCUAAAUUCAAAGACACAUCCGGACAGGGUGUAUUACUUUAAUGUUAAAACUAACCAGUCUUCCUGGGAACAACCGACGACGGAUCAGUCUGAAAAAGUUACAACAAAAUUAGGAAGACCUUCUAAGAAACGUAGAACUUCAAUUCAAGAAGAAGAUACUCCUGUUAUCGAGCCUAAGACCCCUGAAGAUGAUGCAUCCAAAAAAGGAAUUAGUGAACGGAAGAAACUUGUUGCUAAGAGGACUUGUCAACAGACAAAGGGAAAAACCAAUGAAGAGAAAGAGACACCGCAGAUGCGAGCAAUUCGUGAAAAGAUCCUCAAAAAGAAAGAAAAAACUAACAUUUUCAAAAUACAAAGUCCUAAAAAUACCGUAAAGUUGCCAGUUUCAAAGUCUAAAACCGUAGAGUCUCGAUCUGAAAGUGACACAAAUGAAAAAAUAAUUUGUACACCACAAAUGCAGAUACUUCUUGAAAAAAUACAAGAAAGAAAUUCAAAAGGUACAUCUAAGAAAAAAGUAAUACAAGAAAGUGGCGACAAUAAUAAUGAGAAAAAGCAGGAAGAACCAAUUAAGUCCAGAAGGCUAAGAAGCAAAAGCAUGUAUAAUCAACGGAAUACUAGUAGUUCAGAGUAUUCGUCUAGUUUGGCAAGUAGAAAUGAUGAAAGAGGACAGCAGAGCCUAAGUUCUGUUAUAACAGAGGAGAGUGUGGUAACAAAACAAACAGAUGAUCAGAGCUCAGUUAUAAGUACAUCCAAAAAAACAAAGAAAAGGUCCUUUAAGAAAAAUCUGGGCAAAGAACGCAUGGAAAAAUUAAGGAGAAGCUUAGUUCUAGAAACUAAUAAAAAUGAAAGUUCAGAAUCUACCAGUCGUUCAUCUGAGACUCCUGCUACACUGAAUAAAUAUGUAGAGAAAUUACCAAGUAUUUAUAAACAUGCAGAAGUUAGGCUGAAACGUUUAAAGGAUAGACUUUCAAAAGAUAAGAUUUCUAUCAAUAAAAGUCCAUGUAGUGACCCUGAAAAAACUGUGAAGUUGUCAGAAAAGUCUCUAACAACAGUGGAUGACUUAGUGAAGCAAUCCAAUGAUGAUUCAUUUUAUGAAGAGAUGGAUUGGGAACCAAUGGAAGAUGAAAAAAUUACCUUUGAAAUCCAGGCAGUCAGGUCACAACUUUGUGCGGAUAAUAAUACGGACCUAUCGUGUAGCGUAGUUAACAUUUUAAAUUGUUCGCCACCAUUAGAACAACAAGAAAAAAGGCAACUGUACAUUGUUGUCGAUACUAAUGUAUUUUUGUCAAAUAUUGAAGCUGUCGAUUUGGUAAAAGAGACUACCUUCAAAACUUAUGAUAAACCAGUAAUUGUAAUACCGUGGACCGUUGUACGCGAGCUUGAUUAUAUUAAAGGCAAUUAUGGCAAAACAAAACCAGCAGCAUUGGUCGCGAAAGCAAGGAAAGCUAUAAGUUACAUUCACAAACUUUUUUCAUCUAAACAUCCACGUAUUGUCGGUCAAAAGCGGCAAGACGCCGCGAGAAAUAAAGAAAAAUUUGCGAUUAAUUGUCCAGACGACGAGAUUCUACAGACUUGCUUACAAAUCCGAGAUUUCGAAAAGUCUGUGGUAUUAUUGUCGUACGAUAUAAAUCUUUGCAACAAAGCAAUGAUAUACGAUAUUGUGACUCUUGGAAGAAACGAUCCUGUCGAGAAAAUUGAUUACCUUAACGCCACUACUCACGCAAACAAAUCGCCUCGCACGGGUAGCGAACAAGAUAAAGAAACGUUAAGUUCGAACUCUGUAUCGAUUUCUGACCAGGAACUGCAUUUAUCCCACGAAAUACUUGAUGAUGCAAAAAGUAAUGUAAAAGAGUUUUUGACAGUGAUAGUCAGCAAAGAAAUGCAUGCAUUAUAUGGAGAACCGUGGGAGAAGUAUGCCAUUGUAAAACCACCUUGGACAAUUAUAAAUGUUUUACAGUGUGCUAUUAAACACUGGAUAGCCGCUGUAAGCGAAUCAUUUCUAAGAAAAGGAGAAAAUGUUCUAAAAGAAUUGUUACAAUUAUUUAGAAAUACUUCUGGUAAAAUAACAUUAAAAGAUGUUAGUUAUAUCCUGGAUAAAUGCAGCGAUUUGAUUCAGAUGGUUAACAUGGAUAAGCAUCCUGAUUUGAUGAUACGAACCUUGCAGAAAAUUGAUGAGUUGAAGCAAAGGUGUCGCGAUCUCGAAUCCCUAAUACUCGAUCAGAAAUUACGCGAUGCGAUUGGAAUUGAAAAUGAUGUCGCAGAACGGGAACGUAGAGCACAAAAAGCAUUUCAAUAUUUUGAAACGGCAUACACCUUUUCUCGUGAUAUGUGCGGAUUGGCAUCUGAAAUAGUGGGAAUGCCAUGUAGUUUUCCUUACACUAUUCCAAACCCGCUUCCAACCCCGGACUAUGUAAAGCAAAUACAGCCGGAUCUAGCGGCUAAUGUAAAUAGACUAUUGCACACACUGAGCGCCGCAAUAGAGCAAGUUAAAGAUUCUUGCACAGACUAUCGAACGAUAAAUAAUCUACACCAGGCUUUGAUAACAUUUCUACCGGAGUCGGAGCCACUAUCAACGAAGUUAGCUAACGAUGACCUAGCGCCUCUCGACGUAUACUGUUGCGUGAAACAAAAAGAGGAAGUAUUGAAAACUGGUUUGCGCCAAUUGCAAGAACUUAGCACGCAUUUCUGUAGGCUAGCUAGCUACAGAUGUAUUUAAGCGUUUGCAUAUAAAUCAGUCAAAAA